CUGUCAUAUAACUGAAGAUCAUUUGGUGGGGAAGGAGCGGAGCUGGUUGACAUUGUAGUUGUCGAAAGUGAACCGACUGACAUGGUAUUUUAGUUUGCUCGAAUUUGUUGAGUCACGAUGAGUUUCUUUACAUCAACAAUCGGAAUCGGAAGAUGGUUAGGUCCAAGAGCAAGAAUAUUAAACAAAAUAUGCAGCAGAAACAUGUGUAACAAACCCCAAGAGGUAAAGGCUGAAUCUGCCCCAGCCCCUCCUGCAGCAGAAGCAGCUCAUGUCUUCAAAAUCCCUGGCCACAGACCCUCUAAUUGGGACAAGAAGAUUUUGCUCUGGGCUGGACGGUUUAAAUCUCCUGAGCAGAUCCCAGAGACUAUAAGUUUUGAGAUGCUUGAUGCUGCAAAAAAUAAAGUCCGAGUGAUGGCCUGCUAUGUGAUGAUAGCUCUCACGUUGGGGUCUUGUUUUGUGACGAUUAUGAUGGGCAAACAGGCUGCAGAAAGACACGAGUCUUUGACAAGUAUGAAUUUGGAGAAAAAAGCCAAAUGGAGAGAAGAAGCACGAAAAGAAAGGGAAGCAUUAGUGGCAAAAACCCAGUGAUGGUUCUUAGACCCAAAGGCUUUAAUGUUUGCACCUCCAGUACUUAGAUUUGAUUUUAAACUAAAUGGCAGUAAUUAGUUAUUUUAACUGUAAUUAAUUGUUCGGUAAGUGAACUGAGAAACUGAUGUAUCGCCUGACUUUUUAUCAAAGGAUGCUCAUUUGAGGAUUUUGGAAGGCAAAUGGCAAAAUACAAAAUGCAAUGAAGUGAGAGAUUUUCAAAGAUGCCAUGAUCCCAGACCCAUGAAAACACAAAACCCAUAUUUCAAAUAAAACCACACGUAGAUUGUUGAUGGAACAGCUUUUAUGCAAAUGACAUAACAGUUGCACAAACUUAAUACAAUUAACAGUAAUGAACAUGAAGGGUGGGUAAUCUCUUAGGAGAUUUAAACAAAAGAAAGGUGAGCAUAGUGGGUGUUGAAAAUAAACAUUCAUUUAUGUUUACCACAGUUAUUUCCUUUGUAAUAUGGCACAAUCAGCAACACAGCUGAUGCUAACACCAAUUUAAUAAAACAAUAUAUAAAUCACA